CAGAGCUCACACAUCUCACUCAACACAUCAGCCUUGCAGUAUCAAAGGAAGAUAGAGAUGAGUAGAGAGAGAGACCCUUUGACUGUAGGAAGAGUGAUAGGCGAUGUGCUUGAUCCCUUCACAAGGCGCCUUUCUCUCAGGGUUACUUACAAUUCCAAAGAUGUCACCAAUGGCUUAGAGCUGAAGCCCUCAGCAGUGGUGGAGCAGCCAAGAGUUGAAGUUGGAGGGAAUGAUCUCAGGACUUUCUACACUCUUGUCAUGGUCGAUCCAGAUGCUCCAAGUCCAAGUCAUCCUCAGCUUAGAGAGUACUUACACUGGUUGGUCACAGAUAUCCCUGCAACGACCAGCGCGACAUUUGGCAGUGAGAUAGUGUGCUAUGAGAGCCCUCGGCCAAGCCUAGGCAUACAUCGCUUCAUAUUUGUUCUCUUUCAUCAGCUCGGCCGGCAGACAGUUUACGCCCCUGGCUGGCGUCAGAAUUUCAAUACCCGAGACUUCGCCGAGCUAUAUAAUCUGGGUUCGCCGGUGGCCGCGGUCUACUUCAACUGCCAGAGAGAAGCCGGUUCCGGCGGAAGAAGAAUGCAAGACUGAUGAGUUCCUUGAGCUUUUCCCUUCUGCUGCAGUGUCACAGCCGCUGCUGUGAAGUAGUUUGCAUUGUGUUCUUCUAUUUCGGAUGAUGAUAAAUUAAUAAUAUAGAUUAUUUAUCUA